UAGUGCAUGGACAUCGCUCGUAUCAUGGGCUAUACCCGCGGGAUCAGCUGGGUCCCGUUACUCUUGGUUUUUAUGUGUGUGUUUUCACGUGUAUUUCCCCAGAACGUGGAUGAAAAUGCUAGGAAUAUAUUCGAAGCGUUGAGCAAGACGCUGAACUGCGGAAAGUUUAAGACUUUGAUAAUUGAGGCCGGGCUGCGGACUCAAGAGUUCUACACAUCUAACAUUCAGUUGACAGUGUUCGCUCCGAACGACACAGCAUUCAUGCAGAUGACUCGCGAAAAAUACAGCAAGUUAUUCAACAUGUCUCCGACGCAGAAAGACGAAUACGUCCGGUCUUACACAACGAGCAGCAUCUAUGAGACAAACGACAUCAGUGAGAAUCUGAUAGUGCGCGGCCUCGGUCCCAACUCCAACAAACUGUUCUUCCACAAACAGCAACCCGUAACCAACAGUAUCCCAUCGGGCAAUGCGGGUCGGAUACUGUACUACAUGAACGGAGCUCAGAUUAUUCAGGCCGACGUUCGAGCUGGAAAUGGAAUAAUCCAAGUGAUUGACAGAGUGUUGGAACCGCCCAUUCCAAAAACAGCAUAUGGCUACAUCCGUCAGCCAGAUAUGUUGCUACCCAAAAAGCAAAUGAAGUUCUUCACUGAAUUACUGAACUAUGUGCCAGGAGAAUAUUACAGCAAGACGAUCCAACUGAUGCAGUAUUCCGAGGGCAGAAUCACGGUGUUCGUGCCCACUGACCGCGCCAUAGAGCAGGUUCCCUCACAGUACCUCAACAACCUCCGGUCGAAACCAGCAGAGCUAACUCGAGUUAUUCAGCAGCACAUGAUACCGGAGAACGCGGUAUACACAUCGUUUGUCUACCACAACCAUGGUUAUAAAACUGCCGAAGAAAGGUCUCAACUGAUCUUCAAGAAAAACAUCAGAGAACUAGUGUACGCUGCGACAGGUGGCGUAACGGCACUCAUCGUCCACGGCAACACGACUGUCAUGAACGGUGUCGUCCACAUGAUUGAUAACAUUCUCGGCUUCGUCUACCUGACUGCCUGGGAGCAGAUCGCCAGGGGCAACGAAUCAGUUGAAUUUGAACGCCUAACGAACCGAGGUAGAAAGGAUCUGCAGGAUUUCCUCGUGAGACCGAACGGUGUUACGGUCUUCGUACCAACAAACGAGGCUUUCGCUAAAGUUCGCUACCUGCCUGACGUCGACAUCGUCAAUGACCAGGGACUGAUUAACAAGGUGUUUGAACUUCAUCUGUUGGAGGCGGGGACUGUGUUCACCUUGACUUCUGUGAAUGGAGGAUACGAGUCACGACAAGCUCCAGUCUCACAGUAUCGCAGAUGGAGAAUCAAGGUCUACAGUGAAGGAAACGAGACGUGGGCAGAAGGAGGCUACGUGAAGGCCAGAGUUAUCCGCCCGGAUGUAGGGGUUACUAACGGCUACGUUCACCUGGUGGACGGAAUAUUCGGAGUCCCGUCCCGUGACGUGCCGGGAAUCAUCUACUGUGAAGACUGGCUCAUUAAAACAUUCUACAUCAUGAGCACCGUCGGUCUACACGAGUUUCUCGCCGACGUUCGAAUCCGACACCAACUCCCAGCAUGCACCAGCAAUGACCCGCGGCGCACCUCCAACUUCCAGCAGGCCCCUAGCUCGAACACCUUCCCUCGGAAUAACAACAAUGGUGGGACAUCUAACUCGAGAAGUCUGAUCCGAGGAGGUUGCGGAGAGAGCGGUCAGCUCUGCGACUUCACCAUCUUCGUGCCCAAUGGAACGACGGUCGAUUAUUUCCAGCAGACGAUGAACGGACAGAAACUGUUUGAGGAUAAGAACAGACUACGAUACGUUUUCCGCCGGAUGAUCAUCAAAAAUGAAAGAAUUUACAUCGAUCAGCUGUCACCGGGACUUAAAUAUUUCCAAUCAGACACUGGCGAGGAAAUACGACUCAACGUAAUCAACGAUAGAUACCAGGAGCUGAUCUUCAGGAACGUGCGAGCUCGAAUCCUGCACUCCGACCUCGGCGCCACCAACGGCGUCAUCCACAUCGUCGACAGUUUCCUCUUCGUAUCCGAGGAUCUUACGCGCGAGGUGACGUCGACCGCGUCGCGGUCGCGAUCAUUGUCGGUUCUCUGUCUCGUUACUACGGUCGUGUGUGUGAUUCUGUAUCAUCUCGUAGGAUACGUCUGAUAUGCUUCAUUGACAUGGUGUAUACAGGGUGGUAUUGUUCAUCCUCAUAGUAUAUAUAAAUAACUGGUGUUAUCCACUUAUAUAAAAAGUGAUUGGCAUUAUCUGAAUGUUCAUAAGGUUCAUAAAAGUCAUACAAAUCCUGAAAGGUCAUGGAAUUAUGGCACUGUUAUUACGUUCAAGGCCUGGGACGUAGUGAAAUUUUGAGUUGAGUCAUGGACAGUCAUGAAAUUUUGAGUUGGGACAUGGCUAGGCAUAGAAUUUUAACUUUGGUCAUGGAAAGUUUUGGAAUUUUGAGUUGGGCCAUGGACAGUCAUGGAAUUUUGAGCUAGGUAAUGGACCGAAUCGGAAUUCUAACUUUGGUCAUGGAAUAUUCUGGAAUUUGGAGUUGGGGUCAUGGACAGUCAUGAAAUUUUAAGUUGGGCCAUGGCCAGUCAGAACAAAUGCUCAUUUCGAAAGCUGUAAGUGGCUCAGUGGUAAGACACUUGCCUGUGGUGCUAUUGAUCAAAGGAUCAACUCUUGUCAGUGGACAUAACACGCCUUGUUCCAGUCCGUGACAUACGACUCGUAUAUUAUAGGCGAUGGUAUGUCUCUUUCAGUCUGUGUUUUAAAACACAUAUCAGAUAAUCUCUUGCAGCAAUAAUAAUAUGGCAGGUAGCUCAUGGCAAAUUUUCCUUUGUGUUGAGGUCUCAUUAAAUAUUUGUUAAUUCUGUUUGGUAGGAGUAGCUUAUAUGAUAGUGGCAGAUGUUAAUCUUUUAAACUAUUUCUCAAGUCCCAGCCACUGUAUUGUGACUGGUAUACCAAAGAUUGUGGUAUGUGCUGUCUGUGGGAUGGUGCUUAUAAAAGAUUGCUUGCUACUAAUGGAAAAAUGUAGCGGGUUUUCUCUCUAAGACUAAUAUGUCAAAGUUAACACA